GCGGCCUCAAAGAGAAGAAAUUUUUGUAUGUUUUCGCUAUUAGCCGGGAAAACUUCUAAAAUUAUAACUAAAUUCGAGAAAAAUAUACCAUUUUAUUUGCCCCAAGUGUGGAAAAAUGCAACGGGACGCUCGAAUGAGAAAAGAAAUUCAAAUGCUGGCCGAAGAUCCUCCGCAUGGAGUGUCUUGUUGGGCUGUUGAUGACCAAAUCGACCAYCUCGAAGCCAAAAUAAUUGGGGCAGAAGGCACACCAUAUGAUGGAGGGAUAUUCAAAAUAGACAUUCAAAUUCCUGAGAGUCCCAUGAAUUUCGUUAUAAUCAUUCACAAUAUGUUAAAAAGGCAAAGGAGUGGACUCUAAAAUAUGCUACUGAAAAUAUGAUAACACAAAACAGUACAAGAAAGGAUGAGAAGGAAUCAAAUAAUAACAAUAUGAAUACAACUUCUCAAGACAGUAGUUCAUCUGACAGUGAUUCAAACAGUGAUUCAGAAGAAAUGGAGACGUCUUUSAAAGGGAAAAAAAGACUUUCGACCGACCAGCCAUCGACAUCAGGAAYAAARCCAAACAAAAUCCCUAAACUAUAGMAUAUGUAGAUAAAUGUAGUGCUGUAAUCGUACACAGCCAAACAAAUCUCAGAGGUAUGGAUAUGAUACUUAUAAUGUUAAAGGACUAUWUGGUGAAAAUUGUCAGACAUUGGAAAAGGCUUGAACUCUGUCUAUGUCGUCUAUAAAUCAUGAAGAAGUCGUAUUUYAAUACGAUGUUCAAUCGUUGACAAAAUACGUUGGACUGUGACAUUUUUUUUAUACAGCGUUUAUAACUCUGUAUCUAAUGUAUCACGAAAACGAUCUAAAGGCCUCCUCCUCUAAGAAUCACGGGCUUCCUGUCUUCUUUGGGAGUCAAAAGAGGGAGAAUGGGGGCGAGAGAGGGGAUUUUCCUUUCUCGUCACUAGUCUCUAGCGGACAAGAUGACCGUUAUAAAGGAAGCCCAAAGGAGGAAAAAAGAGUUGCCUGGGGUGGAGUCUAGCGACGAUCGUAUCUCACUUACAUCUCAGACCAUACUUUAACAAUGUAACUAGGGUUCGUGCUACUCCUUUAAAUUCUUGAAAAGUCCUGAAAUAGUCUCCUUCACGGUUACCUGCGCCAUCUUGAAAGGUAGCCGUGCCUUUACAUCGAAGCGAGACAACCGUUGAGCGUGCAAUGAUAGAAACCUGUGA